UCCAGAAACCAUAUGGAGAUGUGCAGUAAAAUUUAAAAGUGAAACCGUGUUCGAAAUCUCUGGGAUUCAUAUAGCAUCAUCUAUUUAAUCUCAGACAAUAUCACAUUACAGCUACUACCAAAUCCUGGUACUACUUUUUCUCCCUUUCACACUCCCUCUUUCUAGCUUCCAUGUCUUCAAUGCCGUUUAAGCGUCUUUUUUCCUUUUGGCCAAACUUCUAACUGCCGGAGAGUGCUCGUAAGUUUGAAACACUUUGUUUUUCCAUUUUGUGGGUUUUGAUUGCAAGUAUGAAGUUUAGGCUGUGCCAUUUCUUGCUUGUAUUUAGCUUCUCUGUGUCUUUGCAUGCUGUGUUUUGUUUGAACAAUGAUGGGGUGGCUUUAUUGUCACUCUUGAGGCAAUGGACCUCGGUGCCAUCUUCCUUGAGGUCCAGUUGGAAUGCUUCAGAUUCCACUCCAUGUAAUUGGGUUGGUAUAGAAUGUGAUAGUGAGAAUAUUGUUUUCUCUUUUAACCUCUCCGAUUAUGCAAUUUCUGGUCAGCUUGGACCUGAAAUUGGUCACUUGAGAGAGUUGGAGACUAUUGAUUUGAGUUCUAAUGAUUUCUCUGGUAAUUUGCCAGAAGUUCUAGGCAAUUGUAGUUCGCUUAAGUAUUUGAAUUUGUCUUUUAAUAGAUUCACUGGUCAAAUGCCUGAUAAUUUCAAGCACUUGCAAUUUUUGAGGUACCUGGAUUUGUGUAACAAUUCUUUAGAAGGCGAAAUACCCGAAUCAUUGUUUCAAAUUCCAGGUUUACAAGCAGUGUAUCUGAAUAGCAACUAUUUUAAUGGUUCAAUUCCUAGGAAAGUUUGUGACAUGGGUGAGGUUGAGGUUUUAUGGUUAUAUGGUAAUAGGUUAUCUGAUACCAUUCCAGAGUCUAUUGGGAAUUGCAGUAAAUUGCAAGAGCUUUAUUUGAAUGAUAACAAACUAGUCGGUAUUUUGCCACAGAGUCUAAACAGUCUUGAAAAUCUUGUUUAUUUGGAUGUUAGCAAUAACAGUCUUAAUGGUAGCAUUCCUUUGGGUUCUGGAAACUGCAAGAAUUUGGAUACAUUGGUUUUGUCAUUUAACAAUUUUAGUGGGGGGAUUCCACCAGGUUUGGGAAAUUGCAGUAGCUUAAGAACUCUAGCCAUUGUGCGUAGCCACUUAACAGGCACCAUCCCAUCUUCCUUUGGCCUGCUAAAUAAGCUUUCUUAUCUCGACCUUUGUGAAAAUUGUUUGUCUGGGGAAAUUCCACCAGAAUUAGGUAAUUGCAAGUCCUUGAAAACCUUGAGGUUAUAUACAAACCAACUUGAAGGUAGAAUUCCAGAUGAGCUAGGGAUGCUGAUUAAUUUACAGGAUCUUGAACUGUUUUCCAACAAUCUAACAGGUGAGAUUCCACAUGGCAUUUGGAAAAUUACUAGCCUUCAGUAUCUUCUUGUAUAUAAUAACUCUCUUUCUGGGGAGUUACCUCUGGCCUUGUCUGAACUCCAAAACCUGAAGAACAUUUCCUUGUUUAACAAUCAGUUCUAUGGAGUUGUACCUCAAAGUCUUGGAAUCAACAGCAGCUUAGAGGAGGUGGAGUUUACCAAUAAUAAGUUCUCUGGUGAAAUUCCACCGAAUCUUUGCUUUGGGAAGCAAUUACGAGUUCUUAAUAUUGGUCUCAACCAAUUUCAUGGCCGCAUUCCUGCUGAUGUUGGGAGUUGUUUGACUCUCAGGAGAGUUAUCCUCAAAGAGAAUCAUUUCACUGGGGUUCUCCCUGAAUUUUCUGAAAAUUCGGUGCUCUUUCACAUGGAUAUCAGUGGAAAUAACAUCACUGGCGCUAUUCCACCAAGCUUGGAGAACUGCACUAAUGUUGCUUCAAUUGAUCUUUCUGGGAACAAGCUUACAGGGCUUAUACCUCCAGAGCUGGGAAACCUUGUAAAUCUGGAGAAAUUGAAUUUGUCACACAACCAUUUGGAGGGUUCUUUGCCAUCUCAGCUAUCACACUGUGAAAAACUAGAAACUUUGGAUGUGGGAUUCAAUUCAUUGAACGGUUCAAUUCCAUCCAGUUUGAGCGGCUGCAAAAGUCUGUUCUCUUUGAUUCUAAGCGAGAACCAUUUUACGGGGGGCAUUCCAACAUUUUUACCUGAAUUGGAGAAACUUGAAGAGCUACAGAUUGGUGGUAAUCAGUUGGGUGGCAAGAUUCCGUCAUCAAUUGGAAGAUUGCAGAGCCUAAGGUAUAUGUUGAAUCUCAGCAACAGUGGCUUGACUGGUGAAGUUCCUUCAGAGUUUGGGAAUCUGAUGUAUCUAGAACAACUGGAUAUAUCUAACAACAAUCUGACAGGAACAUUGGCUCCUCUCGGUAAAAUCAAGUCAUUAAUGGAGGUCAAUGUUUCAUACAAUCUCUUCACAGGUCCAAUACCUGAGUCACUGAUUAAGUUGCCAGGCUCAUCUGCAUCAUCUUUCUUAGGCAAUCCCAGUCUGUGUGUCGAUUGUCUUUCAUCUGGUAGCUUAAAUUGUUUCGGGAAUAGUUACUUGAAGCCUUGUGAUCAUCGUUCAAGAAAUCAUAGAGGCCUUAGUAAAGUUCAAAUUGUUUUAAUAGUCCUCGGAGCCUCACUGAUUCUUGGUUUUGUGCUCCUUGGACUGGUUUGCCUGUUUCUAUUGCAUAGAAGAUCAAGGCAAGAAGUUGAGAUCUCUGCUGAAGAGGGGUCAUCUGCCCUACUCAAUGAAGUCAUGAAGGCUACCGAGAAUCUGAACAACCAGUAUAUUAUCGGGAGAGGAGCUCACGGAGUCGUUUAUAAGGCAUCGUUGGGUCCCAACAAAAUUUUUGCUGUUAAGAAGCUUGCAUUUGGAGGUCACAAAACAGGAAGCUUGAGUCUUAUCAGAGAAAUUGAAACUGUUGGGAAAGUUCGACACCGCAAUCUGGUAAGAUUGGAAGACUUCUGGUUGAGGAAGGACUAUGGUUUAAUAAUGUACAGGUACAUGGUGAAUGGGAGUCUUCAUGACGUCUUACAUGCUUCCGAUCAACAGCCAAAUUUAGAAUGGAAUGCCCGCUAUAAGAUAGCAAUCGGGAUCGCCCAUGCAUUGGCUUACCUCCAUCAUGACUGCGAUCCUGCAAUAGUGCACCGCGACAUCAAGCCACAGAAUAUCCUUCUAGACUCUGAGAUGGAGCCUCAUGUAUCCGAUUUCGGAAUUGCUAAGCUUCUAGAUCAGUCAUCUUCUUCAACGUCAUCAACCUUAAUUCCAGGGACAGUUGGUUACAUUGCACCAGAAAAUGCAUUUACAACCAAAAAGGGCAAGGCGUCUGAUGUUUAUAGUUACGGUGUUGUUUUACUUGAACUGAUAACGAGAACAAAACCAAUGGAUAUAGAUCUUGUGGGGUGGGUUAGUUCUGUAUGGAGCAACACCAGAGAAAUUAAUCAUGUUGUUGACUCAAGCCUUAGGGAGGAAUUCCCGGAUUCAAAUAUCCGGGAACAAGUGAUUAGUGUGCUUUCAGUGGCUUUGGACUGCUGCAACAAGGAGCCAAACAGGAGGCCUGAUAUGAGAGCUGUUGUCAAACAAUUACUGAAUGCGAGCUCGAACGCCCCCUUGAACGCCCCCUUGACGACGAGCAAAUGCAGAUAGGUCACGAGAGUUUGUAUCGGUGAGCUACCAUAUUGUAGCUUAGCUUACCAUGUACUUGAGAUUUCAUUGAAUAGAAAUAAAAUUCCCUCCCUCUAUUUUACACAAAAA